GAUGUAAAAAGCAGUCAACAACCAUCAAAGAAUUACAUCAGAUAUGCAACACGUCAGAAGCGUGCUGAUACAAAGAAAGCCCUGAAAACCCUCCUCUUCAACAGUGGGUCCUCUAAAAAUUUCUUUCAGAACAUUCAGAAUGAAAAUGAUUCAGGAAGCUCUCCUCAGAAACAUAGGUCGAGAUCUUCUCGACAUGCUGUGAAGUCACACCACAAGAAAACAAAACGCAAGUUCAAAAGAGAGAGUUUCUUCGAAGAUGAUGACAACAAUCCUGAGUCUAUCUUUCGUGCGACAUUUGGCAAGAAAUGGUACACCUGGUCUUUUGACUCGUGCCAUGACUCCUCUUUUAAAGAUUCAGAAUCCGGAUUUGAGUGGACAGAGCAAUCAAGCUGGAAAGAUAAAAGUAAAAGAUGGGAGAAUAGUAGUGACGCGGAGUCUGAUGAUGAAUCAUGUACUAUAGGAUCUUAUUCUGAUAGAACAAUUCUUGGUCUGCCUCCAACAGGUCCUUUAAAGACUGAAGAUGUUAAAAAAGCUUUCCAUUUAUCAGCUUUAAAAUGGCAUCCUGACAAGCAUGAAGGCCCUUCACAGGCAAUGGCUGCAGAGAAAUUUAAACUUUGUGUUAAUGCUUACAAAUCUCUGUGCAAUGCACUAUCCCCAGCGUAA